AAAAAAGGAAAAAACAGAGCGAGCUGCCUGCUGCCGCUGCUCUGCUUCGAGCUGAGCUCCGCCCCACUCCCCUUCCCCCACCCAGAUCGGAGACCCGCCGGAGUCCACCCCCUCCUCCGCCGCGGCUCCGUCGCGGAGCAGGGCACUAGCUCCUGCAUCCUGCUGAAGCCCACCACUCCCAGCUCCUCCGCCUCCCACGCUCGCCGCCGCCGCCAUUGCCGUCCCCGCCGCCCCUCCACCGCGGCGCCGUCUCCCCCCACCCUGCAUUGGGUCUCCAGGAGGGGAUUCGAUUCGAUGGGUUCGUCGCCCUCCAAGGCCGCCGGCGGCGGCGGCGGCGAGGGCGCCCUGGCCCUGUGCAAGGAGCGGCUGCGGCGCAUCAGGCGGGCCAUCGAGUCCCGCGACGCGCUCUCGGCGGCGCACCUGUCCUACACCCGCUCCCUGCGCGGCGUGGGCACCGCGCUGCGGCGGCACGCCGAGGCCGCCAACCUGUCGCCCGAGUCGUCGCUCUCCAUCUCCGAGGCCGGCAGGUCGCCGUCGCGCUCCUCCAUGGCGUCCCCGUCGCCGUCGCGCGCGGCGGAGGCGGACAACACCGCCGGGGGCUCCUCGUCCCCGAUGCUGGCGAUGCAUCGAGGAGGGGAUCGCCUGGCUUCCCCGUCGUCGGCGGCGAGGGUCCACUGCAUGAAGGCCGGGGGGACUGCUCCUCUGACGUUCACGGUCGAUCCGUCCGCCGCUGAGUUUGUGGGGCAGGAGUCCCCCGUCUCCGCCUUCGUGCCGCCGCCGCCGCCGUUGUCCUCGGAGGAAAUGAGUGCCUCAUGGGAUUUCUUUGAUGCUCCUGGUGCUGCCAGAGCAAACAAUGUGGAUGGGCUCACCUUGAACUUCGAUAGGCUGAAGGGCUUGAGAGAGUCAUGGGAAGCUGAGCCGGUGACAUUGAGUGAGGAACCGGCAAACAGGUUCACUAGAUUUCAUUCAGAAUCAGAGAUUACCGAUGAUAACACGGUGCCGAAGCAGGAAAGCAAAGCAGCACAAAGAGGGGUCAGUAAAGCAAGUGGGCUGGUGGCUGCUUCUGAUGAAGGGGCUUCUUCUGAGCAGGUUGUGCCAAAGGCGGAGGAAGGGGAUUCGAAAAGAGAAUCACACACAGAAACAGAGGACCCCUCCGAGUUCAUCACUCAUCGAGCAAAAGAUUUUGUGUCAAGCAUGAAGGAAAUUGAAACCCGCUUUAUACGUGCUGCUGAAGCCGGGAAUGAGGUUUCAAGAAUGCUUGAGACAAAGAAGAUCAGACUUGAUAUAUCUGCUAAAAUACCAGGUUCUCCAGGCAAACCUACUGCCCGAUUCGUAUCAGCCCUUCGAGUCUGCUGCAAUCGUCAAAUUCUUCUCAAUCAGGAAACCGCACAGCAUGUUUCAAAUGUUGUUACUUGGAAACGUUCAGUCUCGUCUCUAUCAUCGUCAUCUAAAAGUCCACUUACGACUUCGAUGAUUCAAGAUGAUGUGGAUGAUAGUAAUAAUGAUUUUAUUGAGCAAUUUGCUAUGGUGUCUGGAAGCCAUUCUUCUACAUUGGAUAGGCUACAUGCAUGGGAGAGAAAAUUAUAUGAUGAAAUCAAGGCAAGUGAAAAUGUCAGAAAGGCUUAUGACGAGAAAUGUAACCUUCUCCGGCACCAAUUUACACGAGGUCUAAAUGCAGAACUCAUUGAUAAGACUCGAGCUGUUGUGAAGGAUCUGCACUCCAGGGUUUCUGUUGCAAUCCAGGCUGUUGAUGCAAUCUCAAAAAGAAUUGAGAAAAUAAGGGAUGGAGAGCUGCAGCCACAACUUGUUGAGCUCAUUCAAGGAUUAAUUAGGAUGUGGAAAGCAAUGCUGGAAUGCCACCACAAACAAUUCAUUACAAUAUCACUGGCAUACCAUGUAAAAACUUCAACCUCGGUGCAGCAAGGGGAGCAUCACCGCCAGGCGGCAAUGCAUCUGUGUAAUGAGAUGGACUGCUUUUCGUCAACCUUCAGGAUCUGGGUCACUGCUCAGAAGUCAUAUGUGCAUGCCCUCAACGAAUGGCUCCAGAAGUGCAUCCUGCAACCACCCCAGGAACGACGCCGUCGGAAGCGGAAGACCUCAUUUCCUCCUCGCCAGGCAGUCUCCCCUCCAAUAUUCAUCCUCUGCAGGGACUGGCUUGACAUGAUGGAGUCGCUCCCCACUGAUGAGCUAUGCAAGUCCAUUAAAGACGUAAUGCAGCUCUUGCGUGACUCGUUCGAGCAUCAGGCUGAUCAAACUAAACUGAGAAGAGAGCCACAUUCCAGGAGUGAGUCUCAGGAAUGUGUGAUGCUGGAAAAUAAUGAGCAGGAAUCAAGCGGCGGGGUAGCACUGGUGGAAGGGUUACAGUCAAAACUGACGGUAGUCCUUGAUUGUCUGACGAAGUUUUCUGAGGCUUCACUGAAGCGCCAUGAGCAGCUCAAGCUGAAUUAUGAGGAGGCUCAUGACAAGUACAAGACAGUCGAGCCAAGUGCUCAUCCAGUUUAACCAGAUACCAAAUCUGGUGUGUAAUUUCCAUCCUCUAGUCAUUUAGUUGAAGAACUGAGAGUAGUUUGGUUGGCAGUUGAUCACUGAUUAGACUGUAAUGCUAUGUUUGGCAAGUAUUAAUGCUGUCAAUUGUGCUUU